AUGGAGAGAGUUCGGGGGCACUUCGCUCAGGCUCCCGAGAUGUUGAGCUCGGAUGGCUCGUACGGGGAGAAGGUGGACGUAUGGGCAAUUGGUUGCAUCUUGUACCUGUUGAUCACAGGUCAGCACCCCUUUUGGCCAGGUCGUGGCACAAGCGAAAAGCAGUUGAUCCAGUCGAUCACUAGUGGCCAGGUGCCACAGCACCCGAACUUCCGGGCCGCGCCGGCGGCCGCGCAGGACCUCACCGUACAGCUGAUGGCGAAAGACCCCCUUCGGCGUGCGGCUGCACAGGAUGCACUGCGUCACCCCUGGCUGCGCGCGGAGUCACCCGGUUCGGCCGCACAGGUGCUGGACAAGUCGGUCUUCGAAGGCCUCUGCAAGUAUCAGGCUUCGAGCAAGCUGAAGCGGGCCGUGCUGAAGCUCUUAGCCAAAGAGGCCGAUGAAGAGCGGGUGAAGAAACUUCGAGAACAGUUCCGAACUUUGAAUGUGCGUCAGGAUGGCUACAUCAGCCGGGAGGAGCUUUUGCAGGGCGGUCCCAGGAGUUUGCCCAUGUGA